UUUUUUGAGAACCCGGCGUUCCGGCCGGACGGGCUGAAGCUGUACCCCACGCUGGAGUUUUUCGAGAACCCGGCGUUCCGUCCGGACGGGCUGAAGCUGUACCCCACGCUGGAGUUUUUCGAGAACCCGGCGUUCCGUCCGGACGGGCUGAAGCUGUACCCCACGCUGGUGAUCCGCGGCACGGGGCUCUACGAGCUCUGGAAGAGCGGGCGGUACCGCAGUUACCCCCCCAGCACCCUGGUGGACCUGGUGGCGCGGAUCCUGGCCCUGGUGCCGCCCUGGACGCGCGUCUACCGUGUCCAGAGGGAUAUCCCAAUGCCCCUGGUGAGCUCCGGGGUGGAGCACGGCAACCUGAGGGAGCUCGCCCUGGCCAGGAUGAGGGACCUCGGCACGCAGUGCCGCGACGUGAGGACGCGCGAGGUCGGAAUUCAGGAGAUCCACCACAAAGUGAGGCCCUACCAGGUGGAGCUGAUCCGCCGGGACUACGUGGCCAACGGCGGCUGGGAGACGUUCCUGUCGUACGAGGACCCGGAGCGGGACAUCCUGGUGGGGCUGCUGCGGCUGCGGCGCGGCUCGGCCGCCGCCUUCCGCCCCGAGCUGCGCGGCGGCGCCUCCGUGGUGCGCGAGCUGCACGUCUACGGCAGCGCCGUGCCCGUCAGCAGCCGGGACCCCUCCAAGUUCCAGCACCAGGGGUUUGGAAUGCUGCUGAUGGAGGAGGCGGAGAGGAUCGCCAGGGAGGAGCACGGGGCUCGGAAAAUCGCCGUGAUUUCAGGUGUCGGCACCAGGAAUUACUACAGGAAAAUCGGCUACGAGCUGGAAGGGCCCUACAUGGUGAAAUGGUUGGAAUGAUGGUCCUGGAG